GGUUUCAAAGCUGUGUCUCUGUCUCUGCUUCAUCUGGGGUUUCAAAGCUCUCUCUCUGUCUCUGCUUUAUCUGGGGUUUCAAAGUUUUCUCUCUAUCUCUGCUUUAUCAGGGGUUUCAAAGCUCUCUCUCUCUCUCUCUCUCUCUCUCUCUCUCUCUCUCUCUCUCUCUCUCUGUGCGUGUUCUGAAACAAUGGCAGAUUCGCUUGUUUCGAUGGUUAUGAAGAAAAUUCGAGAUGCACUUGUUUCAAAUGUUAUGAAGAAACUCGGGGAAGAGGUUGAUUCGGUUGGUGGUGCCCAAGCAGAACUUGAAAAGAUAUCUUCUACGUUCGAAUCCAUUCAAGCACUUCUUAAUGAUGCAGAAAUUAUCCAAUUUCACAACGAAAGCAUGCAACUUUGGUUAAAAAAGCUCAAAGACGUGGCUUACGAUGUGGAGGACUUGCUAGAUGAGAUGAUUCCAUGGCCAGAACCUGAAUCAGAGACAAACGAUGGUGAUGAUCGGCAGCGCAUGGAAAACCAGGCAUGUAGGUGGUUAUUUUCACUCUUUACAUGUUGCGGUCUAGAAGAUUGGAUAAGGUUGGCCCAUGAAUCAUGGACCAACGGUGAUGAUACUGAUAAUCGCAGCAUUGGAGAUAAGCGAAAUUUUGCGCAACAGAUAAAAGAAGUAAGUGCGAAGCUGGAUCAGAUUGCAGCUGACAAAAGUAAGUUCAGUUUUACGGAGAUUCACAGUUUCCGUGGAGGUAGUCAUCCUGACAAGGCCGAGUUUCAAACUAGUUCGCUCGUAGAUGAAUCGAAGAUGCUCGGGAGAGACAGAGACAAAGAUAAAAUAAUAAGCAAGUUGGUCAGCGGGAGCAGUUCUGAGGAGGGAGGGAUUCAUGUCAUUUCGAUAGUAGGCGUUGGCGGGUUGGGCAAGACGACUCUUGCUCAAUUGAUCCACAAUGAUAAAAGGGUGAGGAGCCAUUUCGAUGUGUUUCCAUGGGUUUGUGUUUCUGAUGAUUUUAAUGUCAUAAAUCUUACAAAAGCAAUUAUAGAAGCAGCCGUAGGGACAAGUCCACCGGAUUCUCAGCUAGACUCAUUGCAAAAGCAGCUUAUCCAAACAUUACAGGGCAAGCUAUUCUUGAUUGUGCUUGAUGAUGUGUGGAACGAUGAUAGUGAGAGGUGGGAGAAAUUAAUGCUUUCCUUGCAAAGAGGUGCUCCUGGAAGUAAAAUUUUGGUCACCACUCGCAGCGAGAAGGUUGCAAAUACAUGCAUGCCGUCUGCCUACAUGCAUGAAUUGAAAGGUUUAUCCUAUGAUGAUAGCUGGUUACUGUUCAGAACCAGAGCUUUCGCUGGGAGGAAAGUGGAAGAUUGCCGGGCGUUGGAAAAGAUCGGAAGAGAGAUAGUGAAGAAGUGUAAAGGAGUGCCUCUUUCGUUAAAGGUAAUUGGAAGCGUCAUGCGUUCCAAGAUGACCACACAAGAUUGGAAGGACAUCUUGGAAAGCCAAACAUGGGAAAUACGAGACAUCGCGAAAGGUAUCUUACCGGCUUUGUUGCUGAGCUAUUAUAAUUUGCCUGUCCAUUUGAAGCAGUGUUUUGCAUAUUGCUCAGUAUAUCCUAAGGAUCAUCUGAUGGAGAAGGAUACUUUGGUCAAGUUGUGGUUAGCUCAGGGUUUCAUCAAGCCCGAUGGAAAAAGAGAGAUGGAAGCAAUUGGAGGAGAGUACUUCGACGAAUUACUGGCGCAGUCUUUGUUUCAAAAAGUGGGAUAUAGCUAUGAAGUCAGCUGUACAAUACAUGAUCUCCUUCACGAUCUCAUCCAAUUCAUUACAAAGAAUGAAUGUUGCAUCUUUGAGAAUGGAAACACCAGCUCCGUACUUACAAUCCGUCAUUCAUCAUUUAUUGCCACCAGGGAAACCUCACACAUUCCUACCCCUUUAUGUCAUGCAAAAAAAUUGCUAACACUCCUCCAGACCGGACAGUCAGAAAUUGAUACCAUCCCUGAUCAUUUAUUCCAAUGCGCCAGGUCCCUUAGGGCAUUUGAUUUCCGUAUUAAAGAAUUGCCAAGCUCAAUUGGGUUGCUGAAGCAUUUACGAUAUCUUGACUUAUCUUGUUCAGAGAUAGUUGAGUUGCCGGAAUCAGUGAGUAGUCUCAGCAAUAUGCAGACCUUGAAGUUGAAUUUUUGUAGAAAACUCCAGAGACUGCCAAGUGGGAUGAGUGCAAUGGUCCGCUUGAGACAUCUAGAAAUUGAACACACACAGGAACUAAAGCACUUACCGGAAGGGUUGGGGAGAAUAAGUUCCCUUCGAACGUUGAGUAGGUUUAUCGUUGGAGGCAAUGGGGGAUGUAAGAUUGGAGAGCUGAUGCGACUUGACUCUCUCCAAGGAAAGCUACAAAUAGAUCACUUGGAGAGAGUAGGGAGCGUGGAUGAGGCUAAGGAAGCACAACUGGAGAACAAGUUACAACUUCGCGUAUUGUCUCUAAAUAUGUCACCAGAUGAUGCUCUUGAAAUGUCAGGAAAUGGUGAGGUGGAGAGGAUGGAAAAUGUACUUGAAGCCCUCCGGCCGUCCCUUGCAAACCUAGAAGAGCUGAAAAUUAAGGGAUACAUUGGUUCCAAGUUCCCAACCUGGAUAGGAGAUUCAUCUUUCUCAAAUUUGUUCAGCUUGAGAUUAAUAGAUUGCAAUAAGUGUACACAGUUGCCUGGGCUAGGGAGACUACCUUCGCUUAAAUACCUUGAAAUAAAGGCAGGUCUUGUAAAACGGGUGGGAAGUGAGUUUUACGGGAAUAGCAGUGGUGGGGACAUAAACCGGGUGGCAUUCCUAAAGCUGGAAGAGCUCAAGUUCAGUGACAUGUAUGAAUUGGAGGAGUGGGAGUUGAGAUUAGAAGACAGAGAGAUAAUGCCAUCUCUACACUCAUUAAGAAUUUACGACUGCUGGAAAUUGAAGGCACUGCUGACACACCUCCCGAAAAGUCUAACGUCCCUCGACAUCUCGGGAUGUGGCGAGAUUUCGUGGCCAUUACCGAACCUCCCAAGCCUCAAGACGUUUGAGAUCCAUAAUUUAGAGAACACGACGUGUCUCCCCUAUGGAUGGAAACAAUUGGAGUCACUAGAGACUCUUACCAUCGCGUAUUGCUCUAAAUUGAGGUCUCUUCCUGAUGAUUUGGGACAACUCAAGUCUCUUAGGAGUCUCCAGAUCAUCGGCUGCCCCGAGUUGCGGUCAUUGCCUCAAGGGUUGUGGGGCCUUACCUGUCUCCAAGAUUUAUUCAUCUCUGGCAAUCCAAUGCUGGCGGAUAAAUGCACAAGGAAGUAUCGGAGCAAAGCGUCACACAUCCCAAACAUCUGGAUUGACGCCGACAGAAUCGAAUGAGGCACUGAAGAUGAGAUGAUCCAUCAAGUGGACAAGUUCCAACUAGGAGGUUUUGAAAUCGACACUACCGCAGCUGGAGCGUGAGCUAGCAUUGGAAGACGUCUCCAGCAUUAAGGAUUUGCCAGCUUACAAUCUUUUGAACUGAUAGCUGGGCUGCAUUGAUCUUCUACAUUUUCUUAGCUUCUUGAUUUCUAUGGUUCUCUGUGUACCCGCAGUAUAGAAAUUCUCCAUCCAAACAUGUAAAUUCAAGUGCUCAAAAUUCUAUUUCUGAGAAAUCCAAUUCACACAUAUAGGAAGU